AUGUCAUGACAUCGGUCCUAACCUCACAUUUUACCCCGAAAAACGCCCCAGUUAAAAGGCUCCUCAGGCCGUUCCUCGUAAUUCUACAGUCGAAAAUCGAGGUGUCUUGCGCCAAGCGACCCCGCUACCCUCCAAAAAUGGAGAAAAUAACGGAUGUCAUCAUGCGCCCCCUCGAAAACUCCAUCUACGUGAAACCCUAUCGGAUGCACUUCACCCAGAACGGGCGUAAAAAGGAUUGGGACCUGUUGGGGGUGCACGAGAGCGUCGCCAUCGUUAUUUUCAAUGUUACCAGGCGGGUUUUGGUGCUGGUCAAACAGUUUAGGCCGGCGGUUUAUUUGGGGACAAUCGAUCCAGCUGAUCGGCAGGUCGGUUGUGAGAUUGAUACAGAGAAGUACCCUCCGAGACGUGGGAUCACUUUGGAGGUAUGUGCUGGAAUUGUGGAUAAGAAAUUACCCUUGGUAGAGAUUGCUAGGGAGGAGAUUCUUGAGGAGUGCGGAUAUGAUGUGCCAGUGAACCGAAUUGAAUUUAUCAGUACUUACCAAUCUGGAGUCGGUACAUCGGCCGCUCACCAAACAGCCUACUACUGUGAAGUGACAGACGAGAUGAAAACAGGCUCGGGGGGUGGCACCGAUGAUGAAUUAAUUGAGGUGGUUGAAAUGACCAUAGAGGAAAUUAAGAAAUAUGUUACUCAAAAAGAGGUGAUCAACAGUCCGCCCAGUUUUAUGUAUGCGAUUUAUUGGUUUUUGUUGAACAAGGCUCCCAAUUUGUGAUAUACAUUGUAAAAGUCAUUGCCCAAUUUUGUGAUAUAUUUGAUUGUGUACCAGUGCAAAUAAGUUUAAUAUUCAUUCCGUAUUAGGUUAAGUGAUGAGAGUAAUAAAAAUUGAUGAAAAACUG